AUGGCAUCAUUUAAUCCAACUCAGAUAUUUGAAGAUGGCACUACAGAGGAAAAAGGGGAAAAUGCUCGUCUUUCAUCUUUUGUUGGGGCCAUUGCAGUUUCUGAUUUAGUGCGCACAACUUUGGGGCCUUACGGUGGUGACAAAAUCCUUCAAAGCGCCUCGUCAGGCGAGAUUAUGGUUACGAAUGACGGUGCAACUAUCCUUAAAGCAAUAGCACUCGACAAUGCUGCCGCCAAAGUCUUAGUCAACAUCGCCAAGGUUCAGGAUGAUGAAGUUGGGGACGGAACCACAUCAGUUACUGUUCUAGCCGGAGAACUGCUACGGGAAGCCGAAAAGCUUGUAGAUAAAAAAAUACACCCACAGACAAUCAUUGAAGGCUACAGGAUUGCAAGCCAAGCAGCUCUUGCGGCUCUUGAAAUGUCUGCCGUAGAUUUUAGUGAUGACAAAGAAAACUUUAAAAGAGAGCUGAAAUCAAUUGCCCGGACGACCCUCAGCUCGAAAGUUUUAUCACAGGACCGAGAUUAUUUUGCAGAUCUCGCCUGUGACGCAGUUCUUCGAACAAAAGGCUCCUCAGAUCUUAAUCAAAUACAGAUUAUUAAAAAAGCAGGGGGAAAACUUGAAGACUCGUACCUCGACGAUGGAUUCAUAUUAGAUAAGAAAAUUGGCGUCAACCAACCUAAAAGGCUAGAAAAGGCAAAAAUUUUAGUCGCGAACACUUCAAUGGAUACAGAUAAAAUUAAAAUAUUUGGUGCACGUCUAAAGGUUGGGUCUACUGGAAAGCUUGCAGAGUUUGAAAAAGCCGAAAAGGAAAAGAUGAGGGCAAAAGUUGAAAAGAUAAAAGCACAUGGGGUUAAUUGUUUUAUUAAUAGACAGCUUAUUUAUAACUGGCCGGAACAACUGUUUGCUGAUGCCGGAAUCAUGUCCAUCGAGCACGCAGACUUCGAUGGUAUUGAAAGACUAGCGUUGGUGACAGGGGGCGAGAUAACAUCUACAUUUGAUCAUCCUGAACAGGUCAAAUUGGGACAAUGCGAUGUUAUUGAGGAGGUUAUCAUAGGCGAGGACACCCUAAUCAAGUUCUCAGGUGUAGCUGCUGGCCAGGCCUGUACAAUUGUGCUUCGUGGAGCCACUGAGCAGUUGCUAGAUGAAGCUGAACGAUCCCUUCACGAUGCUCUUGCAGUUUUAUCACAAACAGUCAAAGACCCUAGAACCACAUUAGGAGGAGGUUGUGCAGAGAUGAUAAUGGCCAAUGCAGUGGAUGCUGCUGCUCUGAAAGUAUAUGGUAAAAAGCAGCUAGCGGUUGAAGCUUAUGCUGUCGCUCUUCGUCAGCUUCCUACGAUAAUCGCCGAUAACGCUGGCUUUGAUUCAAGUGACCUAGUUACAAGGCUACGAACAGCUAUCUAUCAAGGCUUGACAAGCUACGGUUUAGAUAUGCGUACUGCUGGAGGUCAAAUAGCGGACAUGCGUAAGAUGGGUGUUAUUGAGAGCUACAAGCUAAAGAGAGCUGUGGUCAGCUCGGCAUCCGAGGCAUCUGAAUUACUACUGAGAGUUGAUAACAUCAUCCGUAGCGCACCCCGAAAACGCGAGAGGUAA